UUCUGGGGGCUGUGCUCCUGAAUGUCAAGAACAUGGUCAAUGAAGCAAGUAUCCAUCCUUCCAAAUCACCCAUUUACAAAAAAUAAACAAACUUUCAAACAAGAUUCCCAUCUUCUCCCACCCCGGCCACAGAGCGCACUCACUAGGAAGUCAUCACAACCCGAAUCCCAACCAUGUUUACAAAGUCCUCAUUAAGGAAAAAGGCAGAUAACAAUGUACACAGAAAAAACUCAGAGCUUCCCAUUUCAGAGAUAAGAGUGAGAAAGAAAGUGAGCAAGGGGAAGAGAGGCUUGGGGAAGGAAAAGCAGAAGAAAAGAGAUGCCACAGCAGGACGAAGCUGGACCAGGCUCUUGCCAGAACUUCAAGUUUCCGGAAAAAUAUAUCAAAGGCAUGCAUGGGACAUAAGGGAGAAACACAAAUUCCUCAGAAGAUCUGGUGGUCAUAAAAGAGCCAGAGGAGCAGAGAGAGGUAAACUCUCCACACUUAUCUGCAGAAAGGGUUACCGCCACAGCCCUGCCCUCUCCACCGAAUCACAAGAUCAACAAGGACAAACCUGCUUUUUAACCCCUUGCCAAAACGACGUCCCCAAAGAGCGUGAAAGCGAGCUGAGCCCCAGGUUUCCGAGGUGUUACCACUGCUGUGUGUUCAUGCUGCUCCGCUGCACCUGCAGAGCUUACAAAGUCCAAACGAAUCCUCAACUACUCUGAACACUGAACUCUCCCGUGACAAUGGCUAAGGUUCGGAUCUUCCAACUGUGGGGCGUCUAUGUAACUUUCUUCUUUCCACUUCUCCCCUUUUGGCCCCGCUGGGGCCAGGGCAGCCCUAUCAUGGCCCCGGAGAUGGCCGAGAACCGGGGGGGUUCCAUGGACUCCUUGCUGCUGGAGCAGGAUGAAGAUCUGGACAUGCAGAACUUCUUCGAGACCUUGAGGGGACAGUUCCUGCGCACCUUCAACUUGUCAGGCAUGGGCCCACCGCUGCAAUCCAGGGGGUCCCGCGUGGAGCCACCAGAGUACAUGCUGGAGCUGUACAACCGUUUCGCCAGCGACCGCUCCGCCAUGCCUUCCGCCAACAUUAUCCGUAGCUUCAAGAAUGAAGACUCUUCCCCCGACAGCGUCGGGCUGGGUGGGGUGAGGAGACACCCGCUCCUCUUCAACGUUUCCAUCCCCCACCACGAGCGCGUCACUGCAGCACAGCUGCGGCUCUACACCUUGGUGCAGAGGGACCGGCGCCUCUAUGCUGGAGUUGAUCGCAAGGUGACCAUCUUCGAGGUGAGGGGGCAGCAGCAAGAAGCAGACGGCCACGUGAAGGAGAGUGAAGGGCCAGGGGAGGAUGAGGAAGGAGAGCCGCUGAAAUGGGUGGAGUUGGCCUCACGGCAGGUCUAUGGCACGGGCAGUGGCUGGGAGUCCUUCGAUCUGACUGCUGCUGUCCGGCAGUGGCACAAAUCGGAAUAUAGCACCACCCACAGGCUGGAGGUACACAUUGCAAGUCUGAACACCCUGGGUGAAGUAGGACAUUUUGUAAGCAGAGAUGGUGCAGAAGGUGGGAUGUUAGGUGGAGACAUGGACAUUGACAUGAGUCCUAAGGCCAAACACAAGCCCUUGCUCAUUGUGUUCUCUGAUGAUCAGAGUGGAGAUCAUCGUGGUGACAAACGAGAGCUGAAUGAAAUGAUUGAACAUGAGAACCUAGGGGUGGGACUUCAGGAAAACCUGGAGCUGGGUCUGAAUGAACUGUGGGGAGAUCAGCAUGGUGCGUCUGAAGAAGAGGAACAAGAUGAAGAGGCUCUUAUCCAGAUGAGAUCCAACCUCAUCUAUGACACAGCAUCCAGGAUCCGUCGCAAUGCCAAAGGUAGCCAGUGCAAAAGGACAUCCCUAUAUGUUGAGUUCAAGGACAUUGGGUGGGACAGCUGGAUCUUGGCCCCCACUGGCUAUGAGGCUUAUGAGUGUAGUGGGACCUGCUCCUACCCACUAACCAAGCAUGUAACACCCACCAAACACGCCAUCGUCCAAACGCUGGUGAACCUGAAGAGCCCACAGAAAGUGUCACGGGCUUGCUGCGUGCCAACCAAGCUAGACCCCAUCUCCCUGCUCUAUUUGGAUGACACGGGUGUGGUCACCUACAAAUACAAGUAUGAUGGCAUGGUGGUGGCAGAAUGUGGCUGCAGAUAGUCCUCCUAGUGGCCGGGAAGGCUUGUUCAAAUUGAGAGUCUGUCAAAUGAUCCCAGUGACAAAGGAAAGGAAACCAGAUCAACCCCCACAUUAAAGACGACAGUCAUUACACAACAUUCAGCAUCUACAGGCAAUAACAACAAUACCAUUAGCAUUAGGAUCCUAUUCAGAGUCAAAAUGAAGCAUUAAACUGCAGUGUCUAGGUGACAGUAUGAGGGUAUUUUAGGAUCUGAGUAACUUACCACGUUUUUAAUGGUGAUUCAAACCUGCAAUAUGUGGAGUAAACAGAGAGGGGGGAUAAUGUUUAAUUUAUGUGCGAGUUUACUGUUUGUAAAUGUGUAUAUUUUGUAUUUCAGGAACAAGAAUAUUUAAUUAUAAUGUACAGCAGGGCAUUGUUAAUGUCAUUUAAUGAGUGACGAAGGCAGGAAGCAGAGAUUCAGGGACAGACAUUUGUACACGUGUAUUUUAAUCACAGUUCCAAGAGGUGUUUUGUUCAGGGUUGGAGUCUUACUUAGCAAGCGGACAGCAGUAUCACCACUUUCCCAUUUUCAGUCAUCAAAGGUCUAAAGGAGGUGAAGUGUCCUUGCUAGGACAGGGGGGCAGGUAAUGCCUUGCAUGCAAAAGCAUGCUUUUCUGUGAGAGGUGAAGUUCAGCUGUUCUUAGAUUAUUAUGGACUCUCAAGGUAAUGGACAGUAUGUGAAAUACCCAUCGCACAAACGAAAAAGAUUUGACUUGGAGGAUCUCAAAGAGUACGGCCUGCAGUUAGAUUUUUGAAACUUAAGUUGUUGUCCCAUAUGGUCAAUUUAUUCAUUAUAUAUUUGGACAUUUAUGAGAAAAUCCCAAACUUGUUGCCUUUCAUGCACUGGACUAAUCCAAUAUGGAUUUACACUCAAAAGCAGGGGGACACAUAGAGGUCAGUGACCUUCCAAAGGAGCGUAUGCUGGAGGUGUUGGGUCCCUUGGGGGGUGGGGGGGGGUCCGCAGCAUCUUCAGCAUCUCUGAACGUAAGCUGGACCGAGGACUGUUGACAGCACCGGCCGAGGGAAUGGAAGGGGGAGCCCAGCGAAUGGCUGGCUUUGCUCUGCCAACACGGAUCACUCUAUUUGUUCCUUCCGCUCCCCUUAUCGGCCAGCA